CUUCCCCAUGCCGCCGCGGCAGCGAGGCCAAGUCAGCUGAGCUCCCCAAUCCAGCAGCUCGCGCGACCGCCACGGCACCAGAGCGCCACCACCCUACAAAUACGCGCCCGCCCACCUGGCACUGGCAAACCGCGCAGCACAAACCCCACGAGCCACGAGAGCACUCCCCCCCGGGCCGCGCCAGCACGGCACGACACGCCGCCGCCGCCAUGGCGAUCCGGAUGAGCAACAAUGUGAUCGGCGCGCUGAACGUGGUGGCGCUGCUGCUCUCGGUCCCCGUCCUCGCCGCGGGCGUCUGGCUGCGGUCCCGCGCCGACGGCACCGGGUGCGACCACUUCCUCUCCACCCCGACCGUCGCGCUGGGCGCGGCGCUCGCGGCCGUCUCCCUCGCGGGGCUCGCCGGCGCCUGCUGCCGCGCCACCUGGCUGGUCUGGCUCUACCUCCUAGCCAUGCUCGCGCUCGCCGCCGCGCUGCUCUGCUUCACCGCCUUCGCCCUCGCCGUCACCAGCAGGGGGGCCGGGGACGGGGGCUGGCACGACUCAGCCUGGCUGCGGCGCCACGUCGAGGGGAGCAGGAGCUGGAGCAGGGUCCGGAGCUGCCUCGCCGACGCCGGCGUGUGCAAGCGCCUCGAGAAGGAAGGCGGCAAGGGCAAGGAGGAGGAGGCGGCGGCGCUGGCCCGGCUCGCUGGCCGCGGCGUGUCGCCGGUCGAGUCCGGGUGCUGCAGGCCGCCCGCGAGCUGCAACUUCACGUACGCGGGGAGCGGGGAGUGGACCAGGCCCGUCGGGAGGGGUCCCGCGCCGCCGGCCGACCCGGACUGCGCCAGGUGGGACAACGACGGCGACAAGCUCUGCUACGGGUGCCAGUCGUGCAAGGCCAGCGUGGAGGUCGAGCUCCGGCGGGACUGGAAGCGCGCCGCCGUCUUCAACGCCGUCUUCCUCGCCUUCAUCGUGGUCGUCUGCGCCCUCAGCUGCUGCGCCUUCAGGAACAGCCGCAAGGACAACUUCGCCUACCACAGCAGCCGCGGCGGAUGGAAUCGAGCCGGAGACGCAUAAUCGAACUGCUAACCUGUAGCCCAUGGAGAAGCACGAGUGGCUGCUGCCGCUGCUGCAGGGUCUCCCUAUGAUCGGUGUUAGUUUAGCCUAGCAUUUGUAGCUUGUAUAGGAUCUGGAUAUCUUAAUUUCCUUUUCCACUUUGUUCAUACAUAUAAUAUGACUUGCUUAUACUCCGUAGUAAAUUAGCAGUGUAGUACGCUAAAAAUCGCCAAUUUCAGAAUGGUAGCCGUCUAGAUGGGAAUGGCUCUCCAGAUACCCAGUUUGGAGCGGAACAAUCUGGGCAAUAGUUCAACUCUGAUCAUACUCUUCCCCUGAAUCACUUCUAUGUUAGCUGAA